UGGACGUGCCGUUCGCCAUUUGACAGCUCCAUUCGAUGGUGGAACAAUAACAAGGAAGACCGAUUUCCAGAAUUACAUCAAAAACGACCGCCAGUGCACACCGCGUUGUCCGUACUCGUGUACGUUGAAUUCAAAUUCAUAAUUCACGAUUUGAGUGAAUCGAUUCGCUUUGUAUUUGUGGCGUGUAACUGCGAACGAGAUUAAACGGAACGUAGCCACAAAAAGUCGCGAGUGUUGUGAAGUUAAUGCGCAAUAUUCAGUCAAAAUAGACGUUUUAUUUUUGUGGUGAAUUACAAGAAUCGUGAUGUCGCAAGUGAUCAACGUCGGGAUGAAAACUCGCUACUUAUGAAGUUCGUUUAUUUUUCCCAAUUUUCCGUUCCUGUGUUCGGUGCGUUGUCUUAUCAGCUUUGCUUGAGGUGAAGCAGGAUUUAAUAAUAUCUGUGAUAAACUUUUAAUAUCCGAUUAUGCCUCCGAAACAACGUAAACUCGCCAUCAUGGGCUACAGAUCUGUCGGUAAAUCAUCCCUGAGCAUCCAGUUUGUCGAGGGCCAAUUUGUGGACUCAUAUGAUCCAACCAUUGAAAACAUCUUCACAAAAACAAUAAGGAUCGAAUCCCAGGACUACGAACUGAAAUUGGUGGACACCGCAGGUCACGACGAAUAUUCAAUAUUCCCAUCGCAAUACAGCAUCAAUGUGCACGGUUAUGUUUUAGUAUACAGUAUUACGAGCAUGAAAUCGUUCGAGGUGGUGAAAAAGAUACACGAGAAACUGUUGGACAUCACCGGCAAACCACAUGUUCCUGUGGUUUUGGUGGGGAACAAGACGGACUUGCACAUGGAAAGAGCCAUUUCAGCGGAAGAGGGUAAACGGUUGGCGGAUGAAUGGAAAGCCAUCUUUUUGGAGACUUCUGCUAAACAAAAUGCUUCUGUGUCUGAUAUAUUCCAGCUGCUAGUGACGGAGAUUGAAAAGGCCGACGGUACGAGCGAAAAGCCCAACUGCUCUAUAUGUUAAUGGAUGCAUCCAAUCUCUAUAAAAAAGAACUAGUCUAAUAAAAAAUGAUUUGAACAAUGCAAUGCGGGAAAUGUUGACCAUUGCUGUUACAAAACUUGGUCAAUCGUCAAUUUUUGUAUUGUUUGGUCGUAUAUCAGCGUUCCCAGUUUUUUUUGUACUAUUCUCUGACACGCGUCACUCAGUUAGUGUUAAUUGAAAUGGGUUUCUUUUUGUUUUUAUUCGUUAAAAAUAUAAAUACGUAUCAAGAUUGGAAAGCCAGUUUCCAUCUGGGUGUUAACUAGUCUGGUACAGCCCAUAAGGGAAGUGAAUUAACAUGUAUACAAUGUUAUUUUUCUACUUAAAAUUAUUAUUCUUACCCAGUUUUUGUACUAUUCUGACUUAAAUUGCAUUCUAGAGUCUGUCAUAAGUUGCAAACGGUUUAGCUUCCUGUUUAUUUAUGUGCAAACAUUCACAGCUUUAUUGUUAACAUGCAAGACAAGAACAGGGGUAAUUUUUGUUGGAACACUCUUUGUUUUAUAUUAUGGCGUAUACAAUUUUAAUCUUGUUUUGUGUAUUUUUUAUAACAGCUCUGUGUGUUUGCAACUGCUAUUCCAUUUUCAACUUUGUCACACUUGCUGGUCACUCAAGUAGUGUUAGUUCUAAAAGAGUUUUUUAUGUUACAUUAUAUUUUAGAUUUCUAAUAAAAAAAGUUUUAUAUAGUAAUACAAUAUAUUUGUACAUAUUUAUGUGUUAAGUACAAAUGUAAAAAGGAUUUUGAAUUUAUUAAAAUAAGUUUGAAAAGUUA